GUGACCUACACCACAGCUCACGGCAACGCUGGGUCCUUAACCCACUGGGUGAGGCCAGGGAUCGAACCUGCAUCCUCGUGGAUGCUAGUCAGCUUUGUUAAUGCUGAGCCACAACGGGAACUGCUUUUUUAACUAGCACGUGACUAUCAUCAGAGAGUAAAAGCAGAAGAAAGUGGAAGAUGAGAGAGUGCAGCAGAAGGCUUAAACUGGUCUUUGCCCAGAAUGAGAGAGUGAGCUGACAGGAGGAACAUAAUGGAUUAUUCUGUAGCACUGGGGGCUCAGAAGGGCUUGCUGAACAGAAUUCCCUUUGGCCUGGUCUGUCUGAGAAGCGUUCUCACAUUGAAGAAUCAUCGGCGUGUACAUUGUCAUGUCAGUUUCGGUGUGCGGCACAGGGAGCUGACCUGUCCGUACAUUCUGAGAUGAUCACGGCAGUGAGUCUAGUUACCACCCACCACCAUUUAAAGUUGUUGCAAUAUCACGGGCUGUAUUCCUGGUUCUGUGUAUCAUAUCCCCGUAACUUAUUUAUUUUAUAACUGGGAAAACCCUGCUCCUUAAAGGCCUUACACUUUAAGGCCUGAUGUGACAGGGACCCUUCCCUGCCCUUCCCACGAAGGCUCCUUAUCUGCACCCUUGCUGGACCCUUUUUCACCGUUAUGUCCACAGCACUUGGUAGACACACAGCUCACACAAAGCAGUUCUGUCACAUGCUUUUUAGCUACCAGGCUCUGUCUACGCAUCUUUUAUACACUAACUCAUGUAAUUCUCACAGCGGCCCUGUAAGGUAGGUCCUAUUCUUGUUUUCAGUUAAAACCCACACACCUGCAGUAAAGUAUCCCACCACUGCCAAGUGAUGGAGUCAGGGUUGCAGUCCGGGCAGUCUGACUUUCAGGGUCUGUCCUUUUCUCACUAGUGAAGAUUGCUGUACCUUCAUGCUUUUGUUCCACGAGUAUCUUCUGAUUAUCUGCUGGUGGUGCCUAGCACUAGGAUGGAGCAGAGAACAGUCGGAAUCUGCCCGUGGAGCUUACACUUGCCGUCGGGGGAAACCACCCAUGAGAAGUGAAGUAAGCACUGCUAUGGGAUGGUACUGAGUGCUGUGGAGAAAACUAAGACAGCGUAAGAAGGCAGGCGGUUGCUUUUUUAUGCCAACUUGUUGGAGAAGGUCUUACCAAUGAGGUGUCUUAAGCAGAGACUUGAAAUGAGGGCAUGAGCCUCGUGGACGUCAGGAGAAAGAGUGCACUGUGGUGUCAGCCUCCAGUUGUUCCCCAGGAUCCCCUGUGCCCUUCUUGCUUUGCUGGCAGAACCCCUGGCUUUCACCUGGGCAGACGGUCACUGAAGGUAAAGAUCAGAUUUCUCAGCUUUCCUUGCAGCCAAGUGUGUCCGCGAGUUGAGCGAUGUGGACGUUGCCAAGCUGUGCCCUUCAGGGUAAAGGUGUGCCUUCUCCUGCCCUUUCCCCAUCUCACCGCUUGGGAUGGGGCCCAGCGCACAUGGAGGUGAGCGAAGCUCCUGGACCGCGAAGACAAGGAUCACUUCUUGGAGAAGGCAAAACAGCUCAGAGGCGGCCGUGUUAGCCCGGAGUACUUAGUAACGUGGGAGAAAAAAUAAGCUGCUCACAUGUUUAAGCUCUGGUAUUUGGGGGUCUUUUUGUUACUAUAGCAUGUGGGUAGUAGAAUCUUAACAUGGGGCCCAAGAUUUCUUGUCCCCUGGGUACACACCUGUAUAAUCCUAGGACUGUGACUAGGACAGAUUUUACUUGUGAUUAGGUGGCAUUAUGCAGCAUAAGAAGAGAUUAUCGGGGUGCCUGGCCACAUGAACUUUUUUUUUUAACUUUUUAUAUAAUGAUUUUUUUUUUCCAUUAUAGCUGGUUUACGGUGUUCUGUCGAUUUUCUACUGUGCAGCGGGGUGGCCCCGUUACACACCUGUGUAUACAUUCUUUUUCUCACAUCAUUCUCCAUCAUAAGUGACCAUACAUAGUUGCCACACGUGAACUUUUUAAAAGCCGAGCAUUUUCUCUGAUUGCAGAGAAUGUCAGAAAGAUUUGAAGCGUGGGAAGGGUUUGAGGCACUGUUGCUGGUUUGAAGGUGAAGGGCCACAUGGCAAGGAAAAGCGGUGGCCUCCUGGACCUGAGAGUGGCCCCUGACGGAUGUCCAGGAGGAAACAGGGACCUCAAUCCCACACCUGCAAGAAAUUGAAUCCUGCCAACGGCAAGAAGGCGCUUUUCCCAGAGCCGCCAGCUAAGAACUCAGCCCGGCCCAUACCUUGAUCUCAGGUUUAUGGUACCCUGAGCAGAGACCCAGUCAGGCCACGCUGGGCGUUGCUCUACAGGACUAAAUGGGUGUUGUUUGUAAGCUGCUCUGUUUGUGGCAAAUGGCUAAACAGCCGCAGGAAGCUUGUCUGUCUCCUAAAUGAUCCCUAAGCAGAGACAAGCUGUGUGUAGGCUCCGAGGUGGGAGCAGGCUCAGUGUGAUCCAGGCAGGCACAGGGGUGUGAGCAGGGGUGGACGGGGGCCGAGUUCACAGAGGUAGCAGCUGGCUGAUCAGAUAGCAGCCUGUGGGCCUUGUGGAACUUCGGCUUUGCCGAGGGCAUGAGAUGAUAAGGCAUCAGCGAGUUUGGAGCAGAGGAGUGCUAGGAUCUGCCUGCAUUUGAAAAGGGUCACUGGCUGCUCUGAAAAGCAGAGCAAGGGUAGAAACAGACCGGUUAGAAGGCUAUGGAAUAAUUCAGGUGAGAGGUGAUGCUUUAGACCAGGGUUUAGCUCUUGGGUGGUGACAAUAGUUGGAUUUUGGAUUCAUUUGGAAGUUGUCGCCUAACAGAAUUUACUAAAGGAUGAGACAUGCAAUGUUGGGGGGCGGCAGAGUCAAAGGUGAGUCUCAUUUGUGAACCAAGCAACUGGAAAAAUGGAUUUGCAGUUUAUUGAGAUUGGAAAGAUGGUGAAAGGAACAGAUUUCGGGGGGGGGGUGUGCAGAUUUGAGUCUGGUUUUGGAGAUUUUUAAGUUUGGGGUUCUCAUCGGAUAUCCAAGGCAGAGGUGGGACUCUACCCUCUGCUGGGUUUCUAUUUUUAAAUCGUUUAGCUCCGCCCCUUACCCCAUUUUGAGCUCCCUUUGGUCAAGGAUUUUAUCUUGUCUUAAAUGGGUUUUUCGAGGGUGUGCAUCGGCCGACGUGAAUGCGCUGCGGUGUAUGUUGGCUGGGGGAGUGUCCCCCAAACAGAGUUUGUUGGUGCCGGGCUCUAGCUUGCUGGCUCAGUGAAUGGAUAAACCCGCGCAUGGAUUUACACCUGUCCGCGACACCCUCGGGACCCCUACCGCCCUAGGUCAACCUGGAAGACCCCUAUUCCCAAGUCCCAGAGGGCAGCAGGCAGGUGAGGCCGGGGCCGCUCUCCCCGCCCCCUCCCCCUUCCUGGGGUGCCCUACGCGGAGGAGGCGCGGGCCCCAGGCCAGCCUGCAACGGUUCCAACAGCGGGCCGGGCGGCGACCGCCCUGAGCCCGCCGCCGGCUGCCGGAUCGGCAUCGCUUGGCUUCCGCCCGCCCUCCCCGCCGCCCCCAGGAAUGUCCCACUCGGCUAAGGAGCCAACCCCGUACCCCCAGCCUGUCCUCUCCGCUGUCCCCCGCGCUCCCCGCCUUCCUGCCAAGUAGUUCUCGGUACCCACCCUCCGCUCGCGGUCCGCACACCCGCCCAGCCCAUGGGCGGAUCGCACUGGGCUUUGCUGCCUCUGAGGGACCCUGACCUGUUCCUCCCCUUCAGGGCAUCGCCAGGCUCCAGUCCCAGCGGCAGCUCUUGCUGUUCGGAGGGCCUCUGGGUGAGCCCUUUUGGUGUGCGUGUCAGUUCGCCUCUACAGGGGAUGGCGUUGGGGGGGUGGGUCUCUGAGUUGGGCGGCUGUGAGCAGAGCCUGUGCCUGAACCCAAGGCUAAGGUUGUGCGUGUCUCCAGCAGGCACUUCCCCAUGAAACCUCGGCCGCGGAUCCAUCUCUUGUCCCUUCCCCCGCCUCCCGCGGCCCUUAGGCCAGGUGAGAUCCAGCAGGUGGGAGCCUGGAACUGGCAGGCGGAUCCUGAGCAGUGGGCAAGGUCACUUCGACAGCAGUUGAAUGCCGGACUCCUCUUGGUCCCAGAUGGAGAGGCGUCAUCAGAAGCCCCUGAGUCCUGGCACCCCGUGGGUGUCCGAGACAACGCAGAGCAGCCCUGGGCCGGGCAGGGAAGACAGAGGCCGUUCCUGAAGGCGGUGACCCGGUCAGGGCGGCCUGCAGUGCUGGAGCUCCUGCUAGCUGAGCUCCAAGCUCUGUUCUCAGCAGUGCUGCAGGAUGGCAGCCCCGCAGCUUGGCACUACCUGCAUGCAGUGCUGGGGCUGCUGCCUCCGUAUCGUGCGCUGUUUGUCGGGCACCUCGAUUUGCUGCCUUUCCUGGAGCAGCUGUGCCUCUGGGCACCCUGGAUCCAGUCCCAGCUCCAGCUGGACCUGCUGGGUGCCAUAGACCAGGCCUUUCCUCGGGAUGCCUCUUUGUUAGAGGGCAGUGCCCAUGUUGACUGCUGGCCUCGGAAGCAGAGGUUCCAUGACAGGCCUCCACACCCAGCCUGCCCCUUUGUGCAGGCCCGAGGGGGAGGGCGGCAGGGGGAAGAGGAGUUGGCCACGUGGCUGCGACCACUGACACUGCCCGAGCUACAGCAGGGCCUGGGCAUUGUUGGUGCUGAGGUGGCCCUGGACGAGACCCAGUGGCAAGAUGGCCUCAGCCUCCUGCCCUUGGCACUGGCCACGGACAUCCCUGUACAGUACAAGAGCAGUGACAGUGACAGCACAGAGGAGGGGCCUGGUGCAAGAAGAGAGACCAGGUCUCAGCUUGACUCGGACGUUCCUGGGGAGAGGGCCUCGCGGAAGAGGAGCCCUGGCUGCUUCCCGCGCACCUCCCUCCUGGGGGGCCCGAAGGUGGCCGUUAGGAAGACAGAGAGCCACCCGGAGAGGAUCCACUUCCUCUACCUCAACGUGGCUCCCGGCCGCUACUUUAGGCCCUACAGCCUGGUGGUGGUCCCCGCCGACCAGGUGAAUCCCGAGCACUACAUCUUCUCUCCCUUUGGGAUCCUGCACGUCCACCCCACGGAGGGCACGGAGGCCAUGGCGCUGGGCACCUGGCACCGCCACUCUGUCCUCUGGCAACAGCUCCAGUUCAUUCCAUUCUUCAAGUAUUGCCUCUUACGCAAGGCCUUGGCAUGCUGGAAGAAGGGCGUGAAGGUGCAGAAGCUGCACCGGCACCAGGCUUUCCUGGGGACGCAUCUGCUCCUUGCUGUGCCGCACUUCGGAGUCGGGCUGCUCCACAUUAGCAGGCUUCUGCAGGAGCUGCGCUCUGUGUCCUGGUUCCCCCGUGAGGCAGAUCAGUGCUUCGAGCUGCUGGACCUGCAGCGGGCUCUAGCCAGGGAGAACCACAGGGCCCUGCGGCUGCUCCAUCGCUGCCUGCACCUCUGCACAGCCGUCCUGCGUCUGAUUCACGAGGAUACGUACCGCAUGCAGCAGGGCUUGCAGGAGCGAGUGAAAAACUGCAGGAGGACAAGGACAGGCCAGGGCUCCGUGUACCUUCAGCGGGUACAGUGCCAGCAGCUGGAGCGGAAGCUGAGGCGGGCAGAGGCCUGGCUGCUGCAGAUGGGGAAGCUGGCCCGCCUGGUAGACUUCAUGAUUUGCCAGACCCUCGUGUCCAUCGUAGAGGAGGAGGUUACCUCUUUUGUGGCCAACAUCCUGCAGGCCCCAAGGUGGAAGCCCUUUCUCUCUGCCCAGCUGGUCUUCGACAGUUGUGGCCAGCUGGCUCACGAGCCCUGCCUUGAAAAUAUGAUCCAGAUUAUGACUGGGGCCCUGAGGUCCAUCGUGGCCUCUGCCCUGAAGGUGAUGCAGUCGCCGGACCCGAAUACGCCCUGGGAUUUCCUGUGUUCUGAGGAAGACGACGACGAGGAGGACUCAGACGCGGAGUUCGUGAUGCCCAGGUUCCAGGGCCAGCCCAGGGAGGCUGUGGACAUGUUUUGCGGCCCGAAUAUAGGAUCCGUGUGGCCCUGGAAGUCCCGCACCGUUACCGAAGCCCUGGAGGUCUGCGGGCACCGGCUGCGGGGCCAGUACCUGCCCCCCGAUUAUAAACAGCUGCAAGAGGACCUGGACAACAACCCUCGGAUCCAGCAGGCACUGGCUACACAGCAGGCCCUGCUGGAGGGCAUGCUGCAGGAGGUGCAGGACUUCUGCAGGGACCACCACUGGAUGGCAGGCAUUUACGAAUUCCUGCGAGCCUGGGGGCCUCAGAAGCUGGAGUCCAUGCGGGGCUGUCCCAUCAAGAACUACGUGAUGCUGGUGAGCCGCCUGAGUGACUGGCAGACCCGCGUGGCCAGUGUGCCCACGGAGGUGAUCACCAAAGGCAGGUUGCUGCUGCUGAGCUGCCACGAAGUACGGGGCGAGAUGGAGUCCCAGCUGGCGAGCAUCCGGAAGGACAUUCUUGAACAGGUGCAGAGCGAGUGCCGGAGAGGCAGUCAGCAGCUGAUAGCAGAGCUCACGGAUUUCCUGAAGGCCUUCCAAUCCAUCAGCUCAGACAUCCACGCCAUCGCAUGGUGCUCCCAGAAGCUGAACGAGGCCAACCAGCGGUACGCGGAGCUGGAGGAGCGAAUGGGAUACACGCGGUCGCUCUCUGAACUGGUCCGCGACCACUUCGGUCUCUUCAACGCCGAGAACGAGGCGCUGGACGUCUCGGUGAGAAGGCGGCGCGCGUCCCCCCGGGGCCCCGCCCCUGCCCCUCCCCCCCCACAGCCUCGACUCCCCCCCCCACCACCGCAGCUUCUGGACGCGUGGGAAUCAUUCCAGUUCGAGAAGAGCCAGGCCACCGAGUUCCUGCUCAGCAAGGGACAUGCCAUCGUGCCCAAGCUGCAGCAGCUGAUGGUGGCGGCGCUGGCAGAGCUGGAGGGCCUGGUCGAGAAGGCGCUGUCCGGCCCCUUCAUGGACCCUGAGCAGGAGCAGAGGAGCACCGAGCGCCAGCUCAUCUCCCUGGAGCGUCAGUUCCAGAGCACAGCCAGCUACCUCGGCGAACUGCACCACGCCUAUGCCACCUUCACUGGGGACGAGGGGCCCGUGCCCUUGCCAGUCUGCGGGACCCGUCCGAUCGUUCAGCAGCAGCGCAUCUGGCACCUGUACCGAGUCGUCUCUGAAAACAUCAGCGAGUGGAAGUGCACGGCUUUGGCCAAGUUCAACCUGGCCAUGGCCCAGGAGAGGACAGACGGCUGGCUCACAGAGGCGGCCGGGAUGGGCACAGCCCUCGGGCUGCAUAGCCCGGUGCUGCAGCGCUGCAUGCACGUGCUGGAGGAGUUCCGCAGCCUCCUGCCGCUGCUCAGCAAGCUGGGCAGCCUCCAGCUGCAGAACCUCGACUUCCAAGCCCUCCUGCGAGCCUUAGGACUAGGCCCUCUCCACAACACAGAGCUCCUGACACUGGGCCAGCUGCUCACUUGUCCACUGCUGGAGUUUACAGACCGAAUCAAUAAGAUCUGGCAGUCUGCAAACCAACGGGUUCGUGCCCAAGAGGCCCUGGUGCGGCUGCAGCGGGCCUGGGAAGCGCGGCAGCUGCGGCUGCUCAACUUCAUCCUGCACGUGCCCCCCGAGCCCCCGGCCUCCGAGCGCUCCAGGAAAGCACUCCGCAGCCCCCAGAGCGAGGUGGUGGCCAAGGACAGUGGCACCUUCAUCCUUUCAGAUUACAGCAGCCUGCAGGACUCCAUCCAGGAAAGUCUUCAGGUGUUGGUCAAGAUCCUGGCCAUCCAGAAGUCGGGAGACUUAAACCGAAGGGCGUUGGAGUGGGUGACCAUCAUGCGUGGCCUGGACGCGCUGCUGCAGGUGUGGGUGGCUUUCCAGCAGAAGUGGAUCUUUCUGAACAGAGUUCUGCAUGAGAUGAAGACCCCGUUCCCUGGCUCCGACCUGCGCUCCCGUUUCGAGGCUGUGGAUGAGCAGUACCGGGCCCUGAUGCAGGUGUCUGUGGCCGACCCCUUGGUUCUGUCACUCAUCGUGCCCAGUGCCCGGCGGAGCCCUCAUUUCCAAGGGCAGCAGCUGCAGCGAGCGCUGCAGGCCGGCUCCGUGGAGCGAGGCAUCAUCGCGGCGCUGGAGAGCGUGCUGUACGGCGUGCGCGCUCGCUGCCCCCGCCUCUUCUUCCUCAGCGACAGCGAACUGGUGGCCCUGCUGUCCGCUCUGCUGGAGCCCUGUGAGGCCCAGCUGUGGGCGCGCCGCUGCUUCCCUCCUGUGCAGGCCGUGAGCUUCAGGUCCCACGAAACGGCCAAACACACAGGUGCCCAGCAGGCAAGCUCCAGCACGCGGAUUCAGGUGGAGGCCCUGGCGGUGCUGGGGGCCGGUGGGGAGGCGGUGGCGCUGCGGGGGCCCCUCCCUCUGCACCCAGACCUCCCCAAGUGGCUGGCCUCGCUGGAGCGGUGUCUGCGGCUGGCACUGGUGCACACGCUGCAGGACUGUGUGGCUGCCCGCUUGGCUCUGGGCCCGGCCCUGGACAAGGCCUUCAAGCAGCUGCCCCCGCAGAGCCAGCUGCCCCCGCAGCUGUAUGUCCAGCACUGGCUGGACCUGGCACAGGCCUUCCCGUGGCAGUGCGUGCUGGUGGCAGAGGAGGUGGUGUGGCGGGUCGGCACGGAGGAGGCCCUGCUGGAAGGGAAGGCCCAGGCCCUGGUCCCCUGGCACGUGCGCAAGCUCGAGGUCCUGGUGCAUUUCGUGCGGGCCCAGAGGGCCUCUCAGGGUGAGCAGCCCCCACCCUCUGUCCGCCAGAGCAGCUUGCUCAGGGCCCUGCUGGUUGUGGCAGUGGCUCACCGGGACAUCGCACAGCUGCUGCAGGAGCACCAGGUCAGCGACCUGGCCGACUUCCACUGGGCCCGCCAACUCAAGUACCACCUGGGUUCGCCUCACACCACCUGCCAAAACCUCCUGCAGGAUCCCACGUCUAGCGCACCUACGAGGACUUCUCUGUCACCAGCUGCGUGCUGGAUAGACGUGCUGGGCCGGUCUGUCUUCUACAACUAUGAGUACCUGGGUCCCAGGCUGGGGCUGCUGCCCAGCCUGCUCCCUGAGCGGCCAGCCCUGGUGCUGCUGCUGGCCCUGGAGGAGGUGGCCUGCGGGGCUCUGCUGGGCCCUGCCGGUGUGGGCAAGGCAGCCACAGUGAAGAGCCUGGCACAGGCCCUGGGCCGCCAGCUAGUGGUGCUGCCCUGCUUUCCUCAGAUAGAGGCCCGAAGCCUGAGCCGCUGUCUGCACGGCGCCCUGCAGGGCGGCGCCUGGCUGCUCCUGAGAGCGGCUCAGCACUUGCCCCUCGGCUUGCUCUCUGCCCUGGGCCAGCGCUUGGCUGAACUGCGUCACCUCUACGCCCCACUGUACCAAGAAGCUUCCCGAAACACCAGCACUGUGGACCCCACCCACCCCCAGGUCCUCGGCCGUGGCUUCUUUGAGAAACGCCAGGUGGACCUGCGCCUUGGCUUCGGCUGCCUCCUGACGAUGCGAGCGCUGAGCCCCGCCCUGCCUGCCAACGUGCGCCUGCUGCUGCGCCCUGUGGCCUUGGCACUGCCCGACCUGCAGCAAGUGGCAGAGCUGACCCUGCUGGGUGCGGGCAUCCGGGAUGCCUCCCGCCUGGCCACCCGCCUAUCCAGAUUCUUCUCCCUAGAGCGGGAGCUGGCGUCUGGGCCCCUGCCCUGCCGCUUGCCACUCCUCAAGCAGGUUCUGGAAGACAUGAUCCAGGCUCUCAGCGCGACGGAGGAGGACCCCGAGUCCGAGCAGGUCCGCAGCCCAGCCGCCGUCGAGGAGGCCACCCUGCUGCAGGCCCUGCAACGCUCCCCACUGUUCAGCGUCCUGGGUGGGGUCCGCCUGCACGACCUCCAAAAGCUGCUCAGUGGGCUCUUCCCCACCGCCAGCCAGGUGCCGGAAGAGCCUCGGAGCCCCAGGCUGAGGAGGUCACUGGUGGUGGAGGAGCUGCGGCAAGGAGGCCUGCACCCCAGCCCUGACAUUCUGGGGUCCCUCGAGCAGCUGGGCCAGGCCCUGGGCCAGGCUGCAGGCGUUCUGCUCCUGGGCCCUGCAGGCAGCGGCAAGACCGCUUGCUGGCACAGCUUAUAUAAGAUCCAGAACAGGCUGGUGGCCAUGGAAGACGCCGCAGCCCAGAGCUGCCGGCCUGUGCAGAUCGCACACCUGUAUCCCAGUGUGCUCAGCCCCCAGGAGUUCCUGGGGUGGCUGGAGGGCCCCUGCUGGCACCACGGCGUCUUCCCACGUCUGCUCGGGGAAGCCAGUCGCUACAGGACCGCGGGCCCAGAGGGGCAGGUGCAGGAGUCAGCAGGGAUUCAGCGCUGGAUCGUGUGUGACGGGGCUCCCAGUGCUGCCUGGCUGGACUGCGUCACCUGCCUCCUGGGUGACCCCCCCCAGCUCAGCCUCCCCAGCGGUGAGCGGAUAGCACGGCCCCCGGGUACUUUCCUCUUGAUGGAGGUGGGAGAUGCCACAGGCAUGUCCCCCACGGUGGGCCGCUGUGCCCUCGUCUGGUGUGGCGGGGAGCAGACGUGGCAGGGCAGGCUGGGCGUCCUGAUGGCAGCUCUGCCCCGUGAGUACCGACUGCAGCUCCAGACCAUCACGGAGCUCAACCACCUGGCUGACGUGCUGGUACCUGCCACAUUCCGAUUCCUCACCUGCCAGGGUGCCAGUUCUGUGCUGCAGGUACACGGGCGGCAGGCCAUUUCCCCGGGGGUGGCGGAAGUCGCCAGCCUGGCCCGCAUCUUGCGUUGUCUGCUUGACCCACACCUGCGCGGAGACGAGGAGGCCAAGGCACAUGUCCCAGAGGACCUCAGCUGUAGUGAUCCUGUGGCCCGAAGCUUCAGGUCCUCCAAGAGCGUCUUUCUGACCCGGAGUCAGGCCGACAGCGAAGCUGUGACGAACAAGCGCAGGGAGCACCUUCUGGCCGUCAGCAGCUUCCUCUUUGCUUUGAUCUGGGGCUUUGGAGCCCACCUUCCCUGCAGGCUCUGGCCCCGCUUUGAUGCCUUCAUGAGAGAUUCCAUCAGCUGCCUGUCCAACUACCCGGAGCCACCACCCUCAGCGGUGUUUGACCUCCAUGUGUGCCCUGAGGAUGGGACGCUAGUCCCCUUCACCGGCCAGUACCUGGGCAGCCACAUCAAGGGAGCUCCGGGCACCUUCCAUCCUUCUCCCCAGACCGAACGGCUCUUGUACGUGGUGGACCUGCUCCUGUCAGAGGGGCAGCCGGUGCUGCUGGCUGGAGAGGCAGCAACAGGGAAGUCGGCCUUUGUGGAGGCGCUAGUGGCGCCACAGCACCCGUACACGUGCAGCCCCAUCCACCCGGCCGUCAGGACCACCCACCUCCGCCUCCUGCUGAGCCAAGGGGUCCAGGGCCCACCGCAGGCCAGCCCAUGGCCUGCGCAGCAGGAUUCUAAGGGCUGCAUCCUCUUCCUGCUGGAAGAUCUGCACCUGGCUGCUUCCGACCCGGAGCAGAGCUGUCAGCCGGUGCUGGAGACCCUGCGCCAGGCCAUGGCCGGCACGGUGUACGCCCACGACACCUUGGAGCUGCAGACGCUGCAGCCCGGGGUCAACUUCCUCGCCACGGCCACGGUGCCAGGCUUCUGCGAGCGCCCGCUGUGCCCGCGCCUCUCUCGACUCUUCACGGUGCUGGCCCUGGGCAGCAUGACCCAGGCCACACUGCUGGGCAGGCACGCGCCCGGCAUCCAGGCCUGGCUUGAGCGCUUCUCCUCCGUGGAGCGGCAGGGCCUUCUAGCGAAAGCCCUGGUCCAGGCCUCGGUGGGCGCCUGGGAGGCCGUGGGCCGCUGCUUCCUGCCCUCACCCCUCCGCCCGCACUACCGCUUCUCUCCGCACUCCGUGGGCCAGCUGCUGGGCAGCCUGCAGCUGCUGCCCAGCAGGGCAGGCUCCCGGGGUCCGGUGGACUGUCCCAGCCACCAGGAGCACUUGCGCCGGGUGUCCGGCCUCCGGGGCACCCGCCUGGCGAUCGCCAUGGCCACACGCAAUAUUGUGCGCCUUUGGUUGCACGAGGCCCAGAGGACCUUCUGCGACCGGCUGGACAGCCCCGGGGAACGCUCCUUCUGUGCCAACCUGCUCCUAGAGGUCGCGCAGAGCGUCUUCUGCGGUGGGCCGGCGCCCCAGAGCCUGGACCAGGGCUGCGAGGAGGAGGAGGAGGAGGAGGAGGAAGAGAAGGUGCCCGAAGUGGAAUCUGAAGGGGAGCUGGCCCCGUGGGAGGACCUGAGCAGCAGCGGCAGUGAGACGGAGGGGGACGACGACCCGAGGGGCCUCGAAGUCCCCGCAGACCCGCCGCCCAGUGACGCGGCACCACCCGCAGCGCCGGGAAAGAAGGAGCCCACGGACAGCCUCCAUCAGGAGCCAGGCCGGGAGGAAGGCAGUGGGGCCUCCAGCCGCAGACUCCAGCCGAAUAAAUCCAAGAGCUGGUGGCAGAAGGCCACUCAGAUAGACCUGAUCUCACCCCUGUUGCUACCAGUGCUCCUACUCCGUCCCCAGGAAAAGCCCUCAGACCUGGUCUUCAGUCGGGAGCUGAUGGUGGGGUCCGACUCGGAGAGCUCCAGCUUGUACCUGGAGCGCCCCUGGGAGAGCCUGGAGGAGCAGCUGGCCACCUCGGCCUCUCGGCUGCAGCUGAGCCCCCACCUCACCCGGUGCCGCUCGAUGGCCCAGCACGUGGCCCGCCUGGUCCGGGUGCUGGCCAGGCCCCGGCAGCAUGGCCUCCUGCUCUCGGGGGCUCAGAGCACUGGGCGCCGUGCUGCCGUCACUCUGGCUGCUGGUAUUUGCCAGGCCCGCCUCUUCCACCUGCCAUCUGGGCCAGAGGGGGCCGUGCUCCAGUGUCUGCAGGACGCCAGCUGGCAUGCAGGCAUGUUCGGCCAGCCGGUGGCCCUGCUGGUGCCCGAGGAUGUGGCUCCGACCAGCCUUCAUCGUCUGCUGGCCCUGGCCACCUCGGGCUCGUUCCCUGACCAGUACACGGAGGCGGACCUGGACCGCAUGGAAGAGCAUCUCCCCGGAGAGAACCUCGGUGCCAAGCAGAACAGCAGGAAGGAAGGGCUCUUGCAGAGGUUCUACCAGCAAGUGUGCAGCCACCUGCACCUGUUCAUCCUGUUGGGCGAUGCCCAGGCCCAGAGACAGCUGCCCUCCACCCUUUUCCUGAGGCUCCUGCAGCUAGCCGUGGCCAGCACGGACCGCUAUGAACCCUGGGACCAAGAUUCCCUGGUCAGCGUGGCCCGGCACCGCCUGGAGGGUGCCCAGAGCCCACGCUUUGAGGACGACUCCUUGAAGCACCUGGACCUCCAGGCCUCAAUUCCCAGCGUGGCCAAAGCCAUGGCUCUCAUCCACCUCUCGGCCGCCAGCUACCAGGGGCACCUGUGUCCUGACCUGGCACUCGUCACCCCCAAGACUUUCCUGGACUUCCUGGACACCUUCGUGCUGCUGCAGCGACAGAUGGCCCUGCGGCUAGAAGACAAGGCCCAGCGGAUCCAGAACGCCCUGGAGAACCUUUGGGUGCUGACAGAACAGCACAGCGCCCAGGCCGACCUGAUCUGCAGCUUGAAGCAGCGGCUGAAGGGCUCCUGCAAGAGCCUGGGCGAAGUGCAGCAUCAGCUGGAGCAGAGCAAGCUGCUGUACAAGCGGCAGCUGGCGGAGUGUCGGCAGCAGGAGCACUUCCUUGGCAACCUGACCAAGCAGCACGAUGCCCUGCGGACUCAGCACGAGGCCUUCCUGGAGCAGAUGGGCAAGGCGUUUCUGGGGCCCCUGAGCCAGCUGCAGGUGACUGACUUUGAGGAGAUUCGGAGCUACCGAGCACCCCCGGGGGCUGUGGUCCAGGUGACCGAUGCUCUGUGUGACCUGUUCCACCGCGAAACGGGCUGGGCCAGUGCCAAGCAGCUGUUGGGCACUCAGGAUUUCUAUCAGGAGCUGGUGUUCUUUCCCAAAGAGAAGAUGACCGACUCGGAGAUGGUAAAGCUAAGCCGAGCUCUGAAGGCUCUAGGUAUGAGCGACGCAGCCUUGGGGGCGGUGAGCGUACCUGCUGCUCGCCUGGCAGCCUGGCUCUGGGCGGUUCUGUGCUACGGGCUGGCACAGCGCCGAGGACUGGCCACGGGCCUGCUGCUGCGGCAGGUGGAGGCCACCCUGGCUCGGGAGCAGGCCCGCCUGGGCCACUACCAGUUCCAGGCCCAGGAGAUGCUAGAGCACAGUUUGGCCCUGACCAAGAAGCUGGAGGAGGCCCAGGCUGCCUACAGGCACGUGGGAGAGAUGCUCAGUCGGACGCAGAGCGGCCGUGGUUGCAAGUGGUCCAUCAAGGCCGCACUCUUCACACCCAUGCAUUCCUGGACCACAGAGCUCCAGAAGCUGAAGAGACACCUCACAACCGUGCUUGGCGAUGCCCUCCUGUGUUCUGCUGCCAUCAGCUACCUGGGUCCCUUCCCAGUGGCGCGGCGACAGGAGCUGCUGGACAAGUGGCUGGCUCUCUGCAGGGGCUGUCCGGAGCCCCUGGGCCCUGAUGACGUGGCCCAGGCGCUGAAGCACGUGCAGAAACCGGUCACUAAGCCGCCCAGGAACCCUCUGCUGUCCACACGCUCUCCCUUCAGCCUCCUGUCCUCACUGAGCUCGGAAUCGGAACAGUUCCAGUGGGACCGAGCGCUGAAGCCCCAGGCAAAGUCAGCCCGCCUGGCAGCGCUGCUCCUGCGAAGCCGCACGCACUACUCCAGCUGUCGCUGGCCCCUGCUGCUGGACCCCAGCCACCAGGCCCCCAUCUGGCUGAACCCGCUGCCUCCAGAAGAGGCUGGAUGCUUGGCCCCAGGGAAGGGCUUCCAGAAAGAUCAGGCAGAGGAAGCCCAAGAGGAGGCCCUGGAGGAGGAAGGUGAUAGCAGCACUGAGUGUGCUGAGACGCAAGAGCCGAAGGCGGAGGAGAGCGAGACCCAGGAGGAGGGGGACGAGGAGGAGCAGCAGCAGGAGCAGGAACAGGAGGAGGAGGAUGGGGAGGAGGCGGGGAGGCAGGAGGCUGAGCCCCUGUCGCCUCCCCGCCUCCUCCUCGUCAUCUCAGGAGCUGACCCGGAGCUGGGGCCUCGGCUCCAGGAGGCCGCUGCUGGUGGCCUGCCCGUGCUGCUGACCAAUGUGGAGCUGGGCCUGGGGUGCCCAGAGCUGCAGUGGCUGCUGCGGCGGCGGGAAGAGCUGAGCCCGCCCGACGUGCAGCCCGGCUUCUGUCUCUAUUUGAGCACCAGCCUCCCUCUUGGAGCCCUGGGAAAAGCACUAGGCUGUGAACGGCUGAAGGGGCUGAAUGUGCUGGACCUGGGCACGAACAUGGAAAUCCUAGAAGAACAGAUGCUGCAUGAAAUCUUGUGCAUAGAGCGUCCUGAGCUGCAGAGCUACUGGCAGGACCUGCAGAUCCGAUUCCUGGACGCCUGGGAAGCUCUGGAGGCUGCUGAGCAGCGGCUGCUGACGAUGCUGCUGCUCCAGAGCCCAGCGCAUCAGAGACCAGCCAGGUUCCUGCGGCACAUGGUGAGAGCCCAGGCGCGGCUGUGUCAGCUGCGUGCCCAUUUUGAGGAGCUGGAAGAGCAGAGGCUGCAGGCUGUGGCAGUGUGGGCACCAUAUCGGCACGUGGCCCGGCAUGGCAUGGCCAUUGUCAAGGUCCUCAGCCCACUGCAGAACCUGCUACCGCUCUUCCGGAUGAGCCCCGAGGACUGCCUGGCAGCCACCAGGCGGGCUCUGAACAGCGUGAAGGGUGAGAUUCAUGAGCAGGAGGAACUACGCUGCCACCUGCUGCAGCUGAAAAGACAGCUGACCCACCAGCUACUGGGCAGCACUGUCGCUACCCUGGGCCGGACCCAAGUGCCCUUGGUGGGCGCCUUGGGUGCCUUGGCUCUGCUUCAGGCGUCAAGGAAGGCACCAGAGCUCGAGAGGCUGGCGUUCUGGCCUGGCUUGGCAGCCUCUCCCAGCACAGGCUACGGAAAGUCAGUCUCAGGUGUGGCUCGACCAGCCUGGCUGGGGCUGCGGGCCUGGCACCAGUGUAAGGUCUUGGAGCUGCUGCCCCCAUUUGCAGGGCUGUGUGCAUCCUUGGCCAACCACGCCAGCACCUGGCAGGCUUACCUGUCGCUGUCAUCCACAGUGCUGGGUCCUGCACCCGGGCCCGGGACAGACCCACUCAGCCUCCUCCAGAAGCUGAUCCUGUGGCGUGUGCUGCGACCUGAGCGCCUGGCCAGUGCCCUGGCAGCCUGCACCACCAGCCUGCUGGGCCGGCCCCUGGAUGAAAACCUGGGUGCCCCCACCAUACCCUUUACACGUAGUCAGGCCACGCAGCCCGUGCUGAUCUUGUUGCCACCAGCUGGUCACCCCACCGCCGCCCUGCAUCCCCUGACUGCCCUCCAGGAACUGGCUGCCAAAGAGGAGCAGGGGCAGAGGCAUCUGGAGGUGAUCGCUCUGGGCUCUGAGGCCUGGGACCCCAUCUCGGCCGUGGUCAGCAGUCUCUGCCAGGCUAUGCACAAGGGGCACUGGCUGGUGCUAGAGAACUGCCACCUGAUGCCACACUGGCCCAAAGAGCUGCUACAGCCCUUGCUGGGGCUGUUGGACGGAGCCAAGGUGGUUUCGGGCCUGGAGUUAGAAUUGCUUUUAGCUCAACAAGCAAGCAGGAGUGUGACCGCUGUCCACAGAGACUUCCGUCUCUGGCUUAUUGUGCCUGCAGAGGCUACCGCUUCCUUGCCAGCCGUGCUGACUCAGCACUCCAUGCCUGUUUUCUGGGACCAGUCCCUGGAGCUGGGCCACGUCUUGGUCGACAGCGUGGAGCUAGCCCAGCAAGGACCCUGGGUGCAGCCCCCAACCAGAGCACUGCCUCUGCUCCUCCUGCACGGCCUCCUGCUGCACAGGCAGCUCUACGGGGUGAAGCUGCAGGCCCACAGGGGGCGCUGGAGUCAAGAGACCCUGACCCAGGUCCUUCAGACCCAGAGCCAGCUGGCGGCCAGCCUUCGCAACCCCAGCGCUGCCAUGCGGGAGCUGGCCGCUUCGGUUUUCUAUGGGGGUCCCGUGGGAGAUGACAAGGACAGGGAGGCCCUGAUUAGCCUCACGCAAGCCUGCCUGAGCCCCAGCAGCGGGAAUUGGGCCACUCUGAUGCCCAGCCCAGAACUAGGGGAGCUGGACGCUCUGGAAGAGUGCAAGGCCCAGAUGCGCCUCCUGCCCACCCCUGCCGACCCUGGGCCCUGCGGACUGAGUGCUGGCCCCCACAGCUGGCUCUUGCGACGCCAGAGUCGCGCUCUCCUGCGCGCGCUGCAGCGAACCUCGUCCGCCUGGGUUCCCGCGGCCCGCGGGGGCUCCGGGCGCCCCGAGAGGCGGCUGCGGCAACGCCUGGUGCACGCCAGGCGGAGGCUGGAGUCGCUGCAGGCCCUGCUGGGCGCCGCCGCGCGCCCAGAGGAGGGCGGCGGGGGGUGGCUGAGCGCGCCGCGGCCGCUGGACGGCUUCCUGCGGGCCGAGGCGCUGGAGCUGGGCCGGCUGGCGGGCGCGCUGCAGAGGGACCUCGACUGCCUGCAGCAGCAGCUGCAGGGCGCGCCGCCGUGCGCCUCCCCGCGCUGCGCGGCCGUGGCCUGCGCCCUCUGGACCGGCCGCCUGCCCCCGCCCUGGCGACCACACGCACCUGCCGGGCCCCAGCCGCCCUGGCUCUGGCUGCGACAGCUGUCGCGCCGCGGGCAGCUGUUGGCUCGCUACCUGCGGGUGGGAACCCAAGCACCGGAGCGCGUCUUUCACCUGUCAGCCUUCUGCCACCCGCGCCGCCUGCUGCUGUCACUGCGAUGGGAGGCUGCCUUUUCCGUGGUCGCCCUGGCGCGUCAACCUGGCUGCCCCGGCCCGGGCGCCUUUCAGCCCCCCGAUAAGCGUCAGGAGCUGAACACCGCGCUGCACCUCCAGGUAUCUUCGUGCGGUCCCUCCAAUGCCCGAUGCCACCUCGCAGCUACCCCACCAUGCCGCUUCCCGCCUUUGCCCCACUGCUUCUCGGAUCCGGCCCGCCACGGCCUCGGCCGCGAGCCUUGCCUGACCGGUUUCUGGCGCCCCCAGGUGGUGAGCGGCCCGAAUCCCAGGGCACCAGAGAUGGGGGUGCUCCUGAUUGGGCUACAGCUCCGGAACGCAGAGUGGGACCCGCUAGCAGGGGCCUUGCAGGACAGUCCCUCCGGCCAGCCCAGCCCUCUGCCUCCGGUCAGCGUCAGCGCCCUGGCCCCGGGGGCUAAUGAGCUGCGACACCCAGCCGGCCUGGCUGUGUAUUCCUGUCCUGUGUACAUGGAAGGGCCCCUGGGCACCACUAGGCUGCACAGCAGCAAGAUCCUGAUGCACCUGCCGCUGCCCACCAAGCUCAGCCCCGCCACCUGCGCGCAGCGGAGGGUCCAUGUGUGCAGUCCGCCCCUGCCCUGAGCCCUCCGCCCAAAUAAAGGUGGAGGGAGCCGAUGAAAGGUGUCUGAGGCUCAGGAGGAAUGGAAGGUGCCUGCACACCAAGAACAGGACACGCUGAGGGGGAAGGCAGCAGAGAGGCCUGCUGACAAUGAAGGCAGAAGAGGGUGUGUGCUGGGGCGGGGUAACACCCAGGACCUCGCCUGUGCUCUCAGCACUUGUGCUAGACCCACAAGGAAUAUUUAAAGAGACUUUGGAAUGCGAUGACUUCUUCAGGCACUUAGCAGUAUCACUGGGAAUGCCUCGGUCCUGCCCGGCCAGGCAUCCCCUCCCCCAGGAUGGAUUCUCUGAGUGGGUCCCACACACAAAAACAAAAGCAAAAUAAGGCACAAGGUCCUACGUUCAUUCGACGAAGAUUUACGAGCAGUCCUCCCAACCAGGUGCUCUUCCAGGCCCCGCUGAGGUUGCCCUAAUGCCAGGAGACAGACGAUAAAAGGCCAACAUAUAAUGAGUUAAA